GCGCGGCCGGUGACGCUCCGGCGGGUCCCGGCGGCAGCCGCGGCGCCUCUGAGGCCGGCGUGUCGGUGUUGGGCCGCCAUCAUGGAGCCGCAGCCCGACAGCCUGGAGGGGUGGGUGGCCGUGCGCGACACCGCCUUCGCCGAGCCGCGCCCGCCGCGGCUCCGCUUCCUCGUGGCCUGGAACGACGUGGAGGGCGCGUUCGCCGUCACCUGCCACGGCCGGGCGGAGGCGACGGCGCAGAGCCCGCAGAGCUGGGCCGGCCUCUUCUCGGCGCCGGCCCUGCGCGGCGUCCACCGGCAGUUGGCGGCCGUCUGCCCGCGCCUGGAGCCCGCCUUCCCCGCGCUGCCGCCCGCGCUGCCCGGCGCGGCCGCCGCCGCCGGGCUCUGGGCCGUGCUGUUCCCCGGCGGCGCGGCGCCGGGCGAGGCUGAGGUGCAGGAGCUGUGCCGGGAGCUGGAGCUCUACCUGGGCUGGGCCCUGGAGCUCUGCGGCGGCCGCGUGGUGCUGGACACCCUCUUCGCCGCCGACCGCCAGCACGACGACGAGUACUUCGAGAGCCUCCACGAGCUCCGCGGGAAGGCCCUGCGCGGCCACCUGGCCCGGGCCAAGGAGGCCCUGCGGCGGGUUCUUCAGCAGCAUAAAAAUGCUGACACAAUGGUGGCUUUGAUGAAGGUUUAUGAAGAAGAAGAUGAAGCUUAUCAGGAUUUGGUCACCAUGGCAACACAAUUCUACCAGUAUUUACUGCAGCCCUUCAGAGAUAUGCGAGAGCUGGCGACACUGUACAAACUGGAAAUCCUGAAGUCUUUGCAAUAUGAUAAUUUGGGACCUAAAAGAGUAGCAGCUUUGCAGAAAGAUGCUGAAGAAUGGACUAAGCGAGCUGAGAAUGCUGUGUGCUCCAUUCAGGAUAUCACUGUGAACUACUUCAAGGAAACUGUAAAGGCUCUAGCAGCAAUGCACAAACAGAUGGAACAAGAUCAGGAAAGAUUUGGUAAAACCACCUGGGCAUCAGCUUUGCCACGACUGGAAAACCUGAAAUGUAUGUUAGCUAAAGAGACCCUUCAGCAUCUGAGAGCAAGAGAGUUGUGCCUGAAACAGAAGAGAGCUGUCAUUCAGAAAAAUAUGGAGAAUCUCAGUGAACAAGAAGAAAACUUAACUGUGGUAGAGGAGCUGGAAAUACAGUAUUAUGAAACACAGUUGGAACUGUAUAAUGUACAGCUUGAAGUAUUGAAACAUGAAGAGAUGCUGCUUAUUGUACAGUUGGACACUUUAAGGAGACAGAUUAAAGAGAAACAGGAUGAAGUUGUUUACUAUGAUACAUGUGAAAAUCCUGAGGAGCUCAAGGUCAUUGAACAGACUAUGGGACAACAUUACGCUAACUUGUCAGAAAUGACGCUGCUGAGGCAGAAGACUAAGCAGUUGGAGACAAAGCGUGGGACUGUCUGUGCGAGGAGAGCCUACCUCAGGAACAAAAAAGAUCAGUGUGAAGCCAGCCAUCGGCAGAGACUGCAGCAGGCAGAAGAGAGCAAAAAACACUUCCAGCAGCACCACAGCAUACAGAUAAAGAGAGACAAGCAAAAAGAGGAGGAGAAAAAGAAAAAAGCUUGGAUAAGCCAGGAACGUCAGAAAACACUGGAGAGGCUGAAAACAUUCAGGGAGAAGCGUCCAGCUCAUGUUGUUCUGAAAACAUCUCAUCCCCAGCCUCACAGUCCCAAGUUGCCACGAAGCAUCAUCGCUCAGCAGGCUGCAGUACCGUCCUCUCCACAUUCAACAAGAGCAAAGGCAGCUCCAGAGCAACCAAAGAGCUUGCUGCUAGUAGAAGCCAGAGAAUCUAAGGUUUCCCAUCCAAAGAGCCAAGCAGAUAACCCUGUCCAGAUCUUUGUUACUGAUGGUGACACAGAGCAGCAGAAGCACAGUGAAGAAUUGCCAGUCUCUCUGUCCUCCCCACCGCCACCACCCCCUCCUCCACCCCCUCCUCCUCUACCCCCUCCUCCCCCACCUCCCCCCUUACCUUUCCAGUUAAAGACACCAUCAGUAACAGAGGAUAAGCCACUUCCUCUUAGCUCCAUGGAGAGCUCUGCACUGCACAAACAGGAUGACUCAUCCAGGAGGUCUAUCAAUAAUUGCAUAGGUUCCAUGGAUGAGGUUUUGGCUUCUCUGAAGCGCAAUGAAGUUCAUCUCCGCAAAGCGGAACAGCCGAAUCCCUAUGCCUCUGUGAAAGACAGUAUCCUCUCUGCCAUAAGGCAAGGAGUUAAACUGAGGAAAGUGAAUCGAGAUCCUGAGAAAGAUGUCAGUAAAGGACCCUCUAAUGAGCUCGAGAGAAGCAUUAAGGCAGUCAUGCAGAGAAUUAAGAACGUGUCUGCUGAUUCUGAAGAAGAGGAGGACAAUGAUCAGAAUAAUGGAGAAUGGGACAGCUAACCAAUUCAGACCUACUGACUGGAACACAGACUCUGUGUCUCAUUUUGCACUUGUAGAAGACUGUUCCUUUUCAAAUGAGAGAAUGGUGUGUUUGUGUGUGUUCUCAUAGUCCAAAAUGUCUUGUACAGUAAAAGGAUCCUAUUGGUUUUUCUAUAGGAGCAGCAGAUUCUUAUUUUUGCAUGAGAAAUGCUCCCAAUUCUGCUUGUUUCUGGCUCAGCCACAUAGAGUUUUCACUGCAUCUGAAGACAGCUGAAAUGCUGGAUCAAAACAUAUACAUAGUUUAGGUUGUUCCUACACAGUGGGCAAUGGUAUUGCAUCAAAGUAUGAGGAUUGAAAAACUGACUGAAAAUCAAUCUUAUCAAAUAAAAGUAGAACCAAAUCCCUGGUGACAGAGGCAGACCAGAAUACUUUGCAUAAUCUGAAACCUCUCAUUCCUACCUCCAUUGGCCAGAAAAUUCUUCUAACCUUUUGCUUGUCUAACACAGCUCACUCUCAAGCAACUACGUGGAGACUCCAAGUGUGCACUUACCAAUGGGCUUGAUAAUGCUGAUUGGGAAAAUCAGCAUCAAGUCUGAGAUAAACACUACUGUAGCAUUUACUGAAAAGUUUGCUUUUUUAGCUGGAAGCUUAAAUACAGAGAAUGGUUAAAUGCUAAAUGUUUAUCAUAAAUCUCCAUUUACAGUGAAUGGCUGGCAUGAAAGAGACAAAAUAUUGUAUAUAUUAUUCUGUGGGCUCUGACCCUGUAAUAAAGAGCUGCAUUUCUCCACUGAGGCCAUCAAUACAUGAAUUUCAGUUACCUGAUAGCCUUAUAAAUGGCAGGUACCUGCAUUGUGCCCUGCAACCUGACUCUUUAAAAAUUCAUCUGCAUUCAAUUUGGAGACAGUUUCUAUUUUGGGUAGAUGGUGGCAAAAACGAUUCUAAGUUUCUUUUGCAGUUUAUACUGGCCCUUAAUAAAAAUAUAUCC